GCUACACCAGCGGCCGAAAUUUCAACAGAGCGUACAAAACCCUCAAAAUUACCCGAAUUCAAUCCCCAAACAACAAACCCGGCACGCUGAGUUUCACAGAUCCGUUCGGGCCUCCCCAGUCCGCAGAUGGGGGCCCGUCUACUCCCCAACCGGCAAUGACCUCCCAGGACGCGCUCGACCACCAGCACCACCACCUCACCGGGUCCCAGACCCCCCAUGACAUAUCGUCAGCUAAUUCCACCCCCACUAAUGUGUCGUCGAAGUCAGCCUUCAUUGAGCUUCAGCAGCAUGGGUACGGACCCUUUAAGGGCGGGUACCAGCACCCCCACCAUUUUGGCAGUCCUGGUGGUCAGCAGAAUCCUCAUGAGGCGUCAGGGUUCCCAAGUCCUAGGUCGUUAGGGUAUCCUUUCCCUCCCAUGCAUCAGAACACGUAUGGGUACCACUUAGGAUCGUACGCUCCUCAGUGCGCGAGUCCACCAAAAGAUGGUAAGUAG